AUGGCGAAGCAAAAUGUAGCAGAGUUGUUCGGCUUGUUUGGGAAGAAGGAAGAAGAGAAGACACAUCAGCAGCAUGGAAUUGUUGUGGAUCCACACGUAGCGGUUGUAUCUACGCAUGAGCAGGGACACGUAGGUGUAGGUGAGGUUCAUCCCACGCCUGUCUCUCAUGAUCACAUAGGAGAGCCUUACCCUGUUCCUGUGUCUCAUGAGGUUCACCCUGCUCUUAUGUCUCAUGAGGGCGAAGGUGAGAAGAAGACACACAAAGGGGGGAACACGGUUAAGCAGGGACUCGUAGGCGAGGUUCGCCCAGCUUCUCUGUACGAGGACAAGUUCCAUGGCGAAAAUGAGAAGAAGACACACGAAGAGCUGCACCACACCAACACCUUUCCUAGCGAUGAAGAAGAAGAUGAAAAGGGACAGAAGAAGAAAAACAAGUCAAAGCUUCACGGACGACUUGACAAGGAAGAAGAAGAACACGGUCAUGGCAAGGCUGAAGAAGAGGCCGAAAAGAUCGAAGAGAAGGUUCCUGGACACCACAAAGAGGAAGAAAAAGGGCAUUGA